AUCUGACCGAUAGUAACCUCGGCUCCUCCAGCGGCGGCUGUGCUAUAAAAGCUCCGGGAGGUAAAAAAAUAAAACAGCACUGUUACAUUGCGAGUGAGGACGUGUGCGCUGUGAAAUUAGUGAGGGGAAAAAGUAGACAAAGGACUACUUUUGUUUUUUUCCCCUUUUGGAGUAUUUUCAACUUACACGCAUUAAGAAGUCGGUUGCAGCUUUCAGGGAAGAGUCGGAAGCCGGAGACUGCUGGGUGGGAAUUCCAGCGGCAAGAUGUCCAUCUCCACUCAGCUGGGCCUGCUGCUCUGGAAGAACUUCACCUACAGACGACGGCAAACGAUCCAGCUGCUGAUCGAAGUCAUAUGGCCGCUCUUUAUCUUCUUCAUCCUGAUUUCCGUGAGGAUUUACUACCCACCGUAUCAGCAGCACGAAUGCCAUUUCCCCAACAAGGCCAUGCCCUCUGCGGGCACCCUGCCCUGGGUCCAGGGCAUAAUUUGCAAUGCCAAUAACCCCUGCUUCCGUCACCCCACCCCUGGAGAGUCCCCAGGAGUGGUUGGAAACUUCAACCAGUCUAUUAUUUCGCGCCUGUUCUCCGAUGCCAAGAAGAUCCUGCUAUACAGUCAGCAUGAUAAGAGCCUGGAGGGAUUUAAAGACCUAAUCCAAGCCCUGAAGAUCAUGCAGAGCAACACGACAGGCUUCAAGUUGAAGGACUUCCUCCGUGACAAUGAGACGCUCUCCUCGUUCCUGGUCCACAAUGCUUCAUUUUCUGAAUAUUCUGUCAAUGAGAUUGUGGAGGCUGAUGUAAACUUGGAAAAGGUGCUGAUUAAGGGCUUCGGUGUACACUUAAAGGACAUGUGCAACAAGACUGCUCUCCAGAACUUCGUGACAAUCAAGGACAAGAACGUGUCACAACUCGCCCAGGACAUCAUCUGCAAAUCCUCGCGGUCCUGGCUCAGCCAGGCUGAGAGACUCUUCCUAUCCAACCUAGACUUCCUAAAACCUAUACGGACGGAUGUGAAGACGGACCCCCAUGACGUUCAGCAGGUCUCAGAGGCCACGGAUUAUCUUCUGGAGAGCCUAGGUGCACUGGCAGUAGAGCUGGCCAGCAUGAAGAGCUGGACGGACAUGCGCAGCGAGAUCCUGUACCUGACGGAAAACGCCAACGACUCGCCCACCCAGAUGUACCAGGCGGUGUCGCGCAUCGUCUGCGGGCACCCAGAGGGCGGGGGUCUAAAGAUCAAGUCCCUCAACUGGUAUGAGGACAGUAACUACAAAGCACUGUUUGGCAACCACAACGACAGCGAGGAGGAGCCAGUCUCCGUCUAUGACAACUCCUCAUCUCCGUACUGUAAUAACUUGAUGAAGAGUAUGGAGUCCAGUCCCAUUUCUCGCAUGAUCUGGAGAGCCUUGAAACCCCUGCUGGUGGGCAAGAUCCUCUACACUCCUGACACUCCGGCCACUCAGAAGAUAAUCAAAGAAGUCAACAGGACUUUUCAGGAUUUAGGGAUCCUACGAGACCUGGGUGGUAUGUGGGAGGAGAUCAGGCCCAAGGUGUGGAGCUUCAUGGAAAACAGCAAAGAGAUGAACCUCGUCCGGACCCUACUCCAGAACAACGCCAGCGCCCGCUUCUUCAACGCCCAGCUUCAGGGCACGCAGUGGAAAGUGGGAGAUGUGUUCAGCUUUCUGGCCAAGCAUUCUGAAGACACACGCCCUCCCGGGACAACCUAUACCUGGAGGGACGUCUUUAAUGAGACAGAUCAGGCGGUGCGGGCCAUUACACGCUUCAUGGAGUGUGUCAACUUAGAUAAGCUGGAGCCGGUCACCAAUGAGGAGAGGCUGGUGAACAAGUCAAUGGGACUUUUGGAUAACAGACAGUUCUGGGCAGGCAUCGUUUUCCCAGAUAUCGAGUCCAACAGCUCAGACCUUCCUGCCAAUGUCAACUAUAAAAUUCGCAUGGAUAUAGACAAUGUGGAGCGAACCAACAAGAUCAAAGACGGAUACUGGGAUCCUGGUCCCAGGGCUGACCCAUUUGAGGACCUGCGCUAUGUGUGGGGUGGAUUCUCCUACCUCCAGGACGUCAUCGAGCAUAGCAUCAUUCGCGUGGUCACCGGUAUCAAAGAGAAAACAGGCGUCUACAUCCAGCAAAUGCCGUACCCCUGCUAUGUGGAUGACGUGUUCCUCCGUGUGAUGAGCCGUUCCAUGCCGCUCUUCAUGACGCUGGCUUGGAUGUACUCCGUGGCCAUCAUAAUCAAGGGUGUGGUCUACGAAAAGGAGGCCCGCCUCAAGGAAACCAUGAGGAUCAUGGGACUGAAUAAUGGCAUCCUGUGGUUCAGCUGGUUCAUCAGUAGCCUGAUUCCCCUCCUAGCCAGUUCUGGUCUUCUAGUUCUCGCUCUCAAGAUGGGAAACCUCCUGCCCUACAGCGACCCAGGGGUGAUUUUCCUGUUCCUAGGCUCCUUUGGCGUGGUUACCAUCAUGCAGUGCUUCCUCAUCAGCACUAUCUUCUCUCGUGCCAACUUGGCAGCUGCCUGUGGAGGCAUCAUAUACUUUACCCUUUAUCUCCCUUACGUGCUUUGUGUGGCCUGGGAAGAUUACGUGGGCUUUGGCUCCAAAGUUAUAGCUAGUCUUCUGUCUCCUGUGGCAUUCGGCUUCGGCUGUGAGUACUUCGCUCUGUUUGAAGAGCAGGGCAUGGGUAUCCAGUGGGACAACUUGCUCUCCAGCCCCAUGGAGGAGGACAGCUACAGCCUCACAACUUCCAUCACUCUCAUGUACAUUGACUCCUUCCUUUAUGGACUCUUGACCUGGUACAUUGAAGCCGUCUUUCCAGGCCAGUAUGGGAUACCCCGGCCGUGGUACUUCCCCUUCACUAAAUCCUACUGGUUUGGAGAAAAUACAGACAAACUGGCAGCUGAACUGCAGGGCAAACAUGGAAAUGGAGAAGCUGUCUGUAUGGAGGAGGAACCAGCACACCUUAAACCGGGUGUAUACAUCAAGAAACUAGUGAAGGUGUAUAGCCACGGGAACAAGCUGGCUGUGGAUGGGCUGACCCUUGGCUUUUACGAGGGUCAGAUCACUUCCUUCCUGGGCCACAACGGAGCCGGCAAGACCACCACAAUGUCAAUCCUAACAGGCCUCUUCCCACCAACAUCGGGGACGGCGUAUAUCAUGGGCAAGGACAUCCGUUCUGAGCUGAGUGCGAUACGGCGGGACCUAGGCGUGUGCCCUCAACACAACGUUUUAUUCAGCAUGCUGACCGUGGAGGAGCACAUUUGGUUCUAUGCUCGCUUGAAGGGCCUCUCUGAGGAAGAGGUGAAGGCUGAGAUGGAGCAGAUUGUGUCGGACCUUGGCCUGCCACACAAACGCAAGUCCAGAACUAACCAGCUGUCUGGAGGUAUGCAGCGGAAGCUUUCAGUGGCACUGGCAUUUGUUGGCGGAUCCAAAGUCGUCAUUCUGGAUGAGCCUACUGCUGGUGUAGACCCUUACGCCCGAAGGGGCAUCUGGGACCUGCUGCUGAAGUACAGGCAAGGCCGCACCAUCAUCCUCUCCACGCACCACAUGGAUGAGGCCGACAUCCUCGGGGAUCGCAUUGCCAUCAUCUCCCAUGGCAAGCUGUGUUGCGUGGGCUCCUCGCUCUUCUUGAAGAACCAGUUAGGCACGGGCUACUACCUGACCUUGGUCAAGAGAGACCACGAUCUUUCCCUUAGUAGCUCUUACCGGAACUCAAGCAGCACUGUGUCCUACAUCAAGAAGGAUGACAGUGUUUCCGAGAGCAGUUCUGAUGCAGGCCUCGGCAGUGACCAGGAGAGUGAAACCACCACCAUUGGUAAACUUGGUCUGCUAACAGAACAUUUUUCAUCUAGACUUCAUGUGGGUGGUAAGAGCACUGACGUGAAUUUCUUGAUUAUCUCUUCAGAUGUCUCCAUCAUCUCCAACGUGAUCUUCAAACACGUCCCUGCUGCACGCAUGGUGGAGGACCUGGGUCAUGAGCUCAUCUACGUGCUACCUUAUGAGUCAGCCAAAGACGGAGCCUUUGUAGAGCUUUUCCAUGAGCUUGAUGACCGCCUCUUUGACCUUGGAAUCUCCAGUUAUGGUGUCUCUGACACCACCCUGGAAGAGAUCUUCCUGAAAGUGGCAGAAGAUAGUGGAGUGGACACUGAAAUUGUAUCAGACGGCACUGUCCCAGUGCGCAGAAACCGCAGACAUGCCUUUGGUGACCACCAGAGCUGCCUCCGACCCUUCACUGAGGAUGACGGCUUUGACUGCAAUGAUUCUGAGGGAGACCCAGAAUCCCGGGAGACAGAUUGGCUGAGUGGAACACAUGGCAAGGGGUCGCAUCAAGUCAAGGGCUGGAGUUUGAAGAGACAGCAGUUUGUGGCCUUGUUGUGGAAGCGAUUGCUAUAUGCUCGGCGCUCCCGAAAAGGCUUUUUUGCCCAGAUCGUUCUACCCGCUGUAUUUGUCUGCAUCGCCCUGGUCUUCAGCCUCAUCGUCCCUCCCUUUGGAAAGUACCCUAGUCUGGCCAUGCAGCCAUGGAUGUAUGAGGAACAGUUUACUUUCUUCAGCAACGAUGCCCCCGAAGAUGCCAGCACGCAGUCGUUAUUAAAUGCCUUGACAGAACAUCCUGGGUUUGGAACUCGUUGUAUGGAAGGAGACCCCAUACCGGGCGUCCCAUGUGAGAAUGUCGAUGACGUCUGGAUCACUCCAGAUGUCCCAAGCAGUGUGCAGGAGAUCUUCCUUUAUGGGAACUGGUCCAUGGAGAACCCUUCCCCUUCGUGCGAGUGCAGCUGCGGCAGCCGGAAGAAGAUGUUGCCUGACUGUCCUCCAGGAGCUGGAGGACUUCCACCCCCCCAGAUUAAACUGAGCCAAACUGAUACCUUGCAAAAUCUGACCGGGAGAAAUGUGUCAGACUACCUGGUGAAAACUUACGCUCAGAUCAUUGGAAAAAGUUUGAAGAACAAGAUUGGAGUUAAUGAAUUCAGGUACGGUGGAUUCUCCCUGGGUGCCAGAAGUUCCCAAGUUCUCCCUCCAGCUAAUGACCUGAAAGAUGCAAUCUCCCGCAUCAGGAACACCUUCAGCCUUCGACCGGGGAUGGCAGCCGACCGCUUCCUGAAAAGCUUAUCAGGUUUCAUCCAGGGCCUGGAUACAAAGGAUAACGUCAAGGUUUGGUUCAACAACAAAGGCUGGCAUAGUAUUGGAGCCUUUCUCAACGUGAUAAACAACGGCAUCCUGCGGGCAAACCUCCCUCCGGGUACAGAUCCCAGCAAAUUUGGCAUCACGGCCUUCAACCACCCCCUGAACCUCACCAAGGAGCAGCUCUCACAAGUGGCCCUGAUGACCACCUCAGUGGAUGUGCUGGUGUCCAUCUGCGUGAUCUUCGCCAUGUCCUUUGUGCCGGCCAGCUUUGUGGUCUUCCUCAUCCAGGAGCGUGUCAGCAAAGCCAAGCACAUGCAGUUCAUCAGUGGUGUGCAGCCCUUCCUGUACUGGCUGGCUAACUUCGUCUGGGAUAUGUGCAACUAUGUGGUCCCAGCCACGCUGGUCAUCAUCAUUUUCGUCUGCUUCCAACAAAAAGCCUAUGUCUCCUCCACCAACCUGCCUGCCCUGGCCCUCUUGCUGCUUCUCUACGGGUGGUCCAUCACCCCCCUGAUGUACCCUGCCUCAUUCUUCUUCAAGAUCCCCAGCACAGCCUAUGUGGUGCUUACCAGCAUCAACAUCCUAAUUGGCAUCAACGGCAGUGUGUCUACAUUUGUCUUGGAGCUCUUUGGUGGCAGUAAGUUCGGUGGGGUCAAUGAAAUCCUGAAGAACGUGUUCCUGAUUUUCCCGCACUUCUGCCUGGGCCGAGGCCUGAUUGACAUGGUUAAAAAUCAAGCGAUGGCCGACGCCCUAGAGAGAUUCGGCGAGAGCCGUUUCCAGUCUCCAUUGGCGUGGGACAUGGUAGGCAAGAACCUUUUUGCUAUGGCCCUGGAGGGUGUGAUCUUCUUCUUCAUCACCGUGCUCAUCCAGUACCGGUUCUUCAUUAAAGCCAGGGCAUGGAGCCCCAAACUGAAUUCUUUAGGUGAGGAGGAUGAAGAUGUGGCCAGGGAGAGGCAGAGAAUCCUGAGUGGAGGGGGCCAGUCUGACAUCCUGGAGUUGCGUCAGCUCACAAAGGUAUAUAAGAGGAAGCAGAAGCCUGCUGUUGACCGUCUGUGUGUGGGCAUCCCACGCAGAGAGUGUUUCGGGCUGCUUGGCGUAAACGGUGCAGGGAAGACAAGUACGUUCAAGAUGUUGACCGGAGAUUCGGUGGUGACUAGCGGAGAGGCCUUCCUGGCCGGAAAGAGCGUGCUGACCGAGAUCGAUGAGGUGCACCAGAACAUGGGCUACUGCCCACAGUUCGACGCCAUCAAUGAGCUGCUGACAGGCCGGGAGCACCUGGAGUUCUAUGCCCUCCUACGAGGGGUCCCUGAAAAAGAAGUGUGUGAGGUGGCUGAGUGGGGCAUCCGUAAGCUGGGACUGGUGAAGUAUGUAGACAAGAAAGCAGGAAGCUAUAGUGGAGGGAACAUGCGUAAGCUGUCCACCGCCAUAGCUCUGAUCGGGGGCCCUCCUGUGGUGUUCCUGGAUGAGCCUACCACCGGCAUGGACCCCAAAGCCCGUCGGGCUCUCUGGAACUGCAUCCUCAGUGUUAUCAAAGAGGGCCGUUCUGUCGUGCUAACCUCGCACAGCAUGGAGGAGUGUGAGGCCCUUUGCACGAGGAUGGCCAUCAUGGUGAACGGCAGGUUCCGCUGUCUGGGCAGCGUCCAGCACCUGAAGAACCGGUUUGGAGACGGAUACACCAUCAUCCUGCGGGUGGCAGGACCCAAGCCAAAUCUGGACUUGGUCAUGAAGUUCAUCGAGGGGGAGUUUCCGGGCAGCACGCUGAAGGAGAAGCACAGGAACAUGCUGCAGUACCAGCUGCCGUCUUCCCUCAUCUCCCUGUCCCGCAUCUUCAGCAUCUUGUCCAAGCACAAGGAGCGGCUCCAAAUAGAGGACUACUCCGUGUCCCAAACCACACUAGACCAGGUGUUUGUCAAUUUUGCCAAGGACCAAAGUGACGAGGACCACUCUAAGGACAUUUCCGUGAGCAGCAAAGAUGCUGUGGUGGACAUUUCACAGUGCAACUCCUUCCUGCAAAGUGAGAAGGUGAAGGAGAGCUUUGUUUAACCGGACAGGUUUUCCACUGCCCCUCAGCCGGAGGAAAACUGGAACUGCAAAGGCGACUCUCGGACCAAAAUGAGAGUUUUUUUUUUGUUUUGUUUUUCUUGUGUAUUGAUGUUAUUCUCUUUUAUUUGUUCCUUUUUUGGCAUGAGGCCAUCUGGAGGAGGAACUGAAUGUAGAACCUUCCUGCUGAAAAGGAACACAAUGCAAGUCAAUGCAAAAAAAAUUCCACUUUGGUGUUCACAAGGGAGAGCCUGGUGCCCCCUGUUGGUUGCUGAGGAUAGCGAACACAUAACUUGAAUAUGCUUAUGUUCCUCUGAUUUUCACACGUUGGAAUGUGUGAACAUGGGAGGCCUGCAAUACAGUAUAUCGUGUGUAAUUCCAGUCAGUCUCUGCCCAGUGUUAUAGAGGAACCAGGGCUCACCUCCCACCUUUGGACAAAGAGCAGACGCUGACGUUGAAGAAUAACAAUCAGUCAAAACAAUGCAAGGCCUUAGGGGAAAAGUUAUAAAAUUACAUUGUUCUGUUUGAUUUUUUUUUGUAAUAUGUACUUUCUUUAAUAUUUAUAUGAACAUAAAUAUCUUAACAUUUUUCAAACUCGUUUAUAAAUUUCUGUUGACUGAAAUGUAGCUUAGUUUCCAGUGUCUGGUACAGCGGCUUCCGUCUUGUCUACCACUUCAGUGAAAACGACGUUAGAAGCACACGAAGUACACCUCGGAAUGUACUGUAAAGGAAAAAAAACAUCAUAGGUUUAUAUUUUCGGACCAUAUCUUAUUGGUCAGGAGAACGUCAGAGUUCAAAUUUUUAAAAAUGAAAUUUAAAAUACCUCAGUAAAGGCCAGACUAGUGGCUUUCAGUGCAGUGCAGUGUUUUCUCAGUCGAGAAAGCAACAUGCAAACUAUCGUGUGUAAAUCAGCGAUAGAUUGAAGAGCUGCUGAUGCGGUGAUCAGCGUCGCUCUUACACACACGCAGGACACACAUUCAGGACCUGACCCCUGGUCCCCUCAGUAGCAGCUGGACCUGAGUAUUUCAAUGCCCGUAUUACUGGUGUGUCUUGUGUUUGACUCCUGUGCUGUAACAAGCCAUAAUAUGUGCCAACGCCAUCCUUGGUCCUACACUCCAGUAUAGGGCAUACACUCCAUUUCCACGUACUGCCAUGGUGUGAAUUUUCUCACCUGAACAAGUCCCACCUGAGAUCCAGUGACUCUGGUGGCUGCCGUCCAGCACACUGCAAAUCGCUCCCCCCCUCCAUCACCCACUGUGACCUUUCCAAUGACGUGCCAUUGACAUUGUGUCAUCUAUCCCAUCUGCAUUCAGGAAGGCCUGCUGAGCCAAUCAGAUAAGAAGCUCGCUUCUCAUUGGUCACAUUGUGGUCAGGGCAGUUGUGCCGGUGUUCAUUCCUAGCACUUUAUAGUUCAUGUUUCUUGAAACUUAUUUGUUUAAUUUGCACUGGAGUACCCACAGACAAGAAACAAACAUUCUGUCUUCUGAUUGAUGAAAAUAAUAAAAAAUUCUACCAUGGCCAACCCCUUGCCCUUAUAAUUGUGCAUGGGUUUAAUGUACAAAAAAUUUUGUGGAAAUCUGUUACUUGUCCUGUGCCGUACUUAUUUAUAGAAUAAAACUUGACCAAUAACAGCCA